CUCAAGACCCUCGCCGAGUUCCUCCCACCUCCUUCGAACAAGCCCAGCUGGCCCGGCCCGUCUCCGGGAGGGGAGGGAAGAAAGACUGUUCAUUUGAAUGAGCCGACGAGGGGCGCCCGUGUUCACUCUGCCCAGAGAGAGUCCAACUCAACUGCGGACGAGUCUCGGAGAGCAUCGCGAAGCGGAUUGGAGAACCGAAAAGCGGAGAUACAAUUUAAUUUCAGCGCCGGCGUGGCUGGUUCAGUGCCAGCGGCGCUCACCUUCGGACACUUGAGUCGGGGUGACCCCCCUCCGCGCCCCCUUCGCGUGUGUGGCCAUGUGUCGCCGCGUUACAUAGACUCUUUUGUGGAUUGUGUUUUGGAUCAGGGGACAGGUGGUGGUGAAGUCUGGGACAACACUCACCCCCCCACAACCAUCUCCCCUCCGCCCCCCGUUGGAUGUCAGGCCGGCGUAACGGGCUCCGGACUCGGCAUAGACAGGUGCGACGGGGAGGAGUAGUUUGCACCGAACUCCCUUGACAAUCAAGCGGAUUUUUUUUUUCAACAAGCGGACCACAUCCUCAAACCAACUCUGAACAUUUUCUUCCACUCCAGACUAAUUAAGUGAUUGACGGGUACCUGAAGAUGGAACGUUCAUGACCACCCCGGUGUCUGGACCCACCACGUUUGAGGGGUGAAAACUUUGACCUCAAGCAUCCUGCUGUCUUUUCCGUGGAAGUGGUCUCCCCCCCCCUCCAUUGCCCGGCUCGGCAAUUCUGUUGCCAUGGCGACAGCGGCCCCUCCCUUCCUCUUCCUACUCUGCUGGCUGCUCCGAACAGCCUGCUCCGCAUUCCCUGAGGAACCAGGCCCUAUAAACUUCAUCCCCACCGAAGUGUCAAGACGCUAUCCGGUGUUUCUGGGCCGACCUCACCACACGUGGCAGCGACAAGAGCCUCUUCAUAUCCAGAGGGUCAUCCAAGUCAACCGAACACUCUACAUCGGAGCCAGGGAUGACCUUUUCCGAGUGGAGCUGGACAUCGCCGCCGCGGACGAGAUGUUCUACAGUAAGAAACGAACAUGGGAGUCCAACAAAAACGACAUCAGGAUCUGCAGGAUGAAGGGUAAACGUGAGGAUGAAUGCCGGAAUUUCAUGAAGGUACUCCUCAGUCGCCCUGACGGGUUGUUUGUGUGCGGCACCAACGCUUUCAACCCGCUUUGUGCCAACUACACCGGCGACACUCUGGAAAUGGUCAGUGACCCCGUCAGCGGAAUGGCCAGAUGCCCUUACGAUCCCAAACACGCCAACGUGGCUUUGUUUGCAGAGGGAAAUCUGUUUACGGCCACCGUGACAGACUUCCUGGCCAUCGACGCCGUCAUCUACCGGAGCCUCGGGAACAGUCCCGCUCUUCGCACCAUCAAGCACGACUCCAAGUGGUUCCGAGAGCCUUUCUUCGUCAGCGCUGUGGAGUGGGGCCCUCACAUCUACUUCUUCUUCCGAGAGAUCGCCAUGGAAUUUAAUUACCUGGAAAAGGUUGUGGUGCCCCGUGUGGCCAGAGUGUGCAAGCGCGACCAGGGCGGCUCUCAGCGCGUCCUGGAGAAGCAGUGGACCUCUUUCCUGAAGGCCCGGCUCAAUUGCUCCGUGCCGGGAGAUUCCCACUUCUACUUCAACAUGCUGCACUCCACCAGCCCCAUCAUCAACAUGCACGGCCGCGACAUCAUCCUCGGCGUCUUUUCCACACCGGCCAACAGCAUCCCCGGCUCGGCGGUGUGCGCCUUUGACAUGGAGCAGUUGGCCGCCGUGUUCGACGGCCGCUUCAAAGAGCAGAAGUCAGCCGAGUCCAUUUGGACGCCCGUUCCUGAUGAAGUCAUCCCCACACCAAGACCCGGAUGCUGCGCCGUUCAAGGUUCCAGAUUCAAUUCGUCCAACUCCUUCCCCGACGAGAUGCUUAAUUUUGUCAAGACUCACCCGCUGAUGGACGAGGCCGUCCCGUCGCUUGGACAAAGGCCGUGGAUUGUCAAAACCAUGGUCAGAGGUGCAACACUGGAUGUAGGUUUAAAAACAAGGUACCAGCUGAAUAAAAUUGUGGUGGACUCGGAAGCCGGGCCGCACAUGAACCGCACGGUCCUGUUCCUGGGCUCCAGCCGGGGCACCGUCCUCAAGUUCCUCAUCGUGCCCAACCAGGACAACACGGUCACUAGCAGCAACAUCUUCCUGGAGGAAUUGGAGGGCUUCAACCCCGAAAAAUGCGCCGGUGACUCUCCACAGGCCAGGCAGCUUUUGUCUCUGACUCUGGAUCGAGCCAGUCACACUCUGAUCUUGGCCUUCCCCUCCUGCGUGGUGCGAGUGCCUGUAGCGCGCUGCCAGCGCUUCUCGCGCUGCAUCAAAAACUGCAUCGCCUCCAGGGAUCCGUACUGUGGCUGGACCAGAGGAAGCACCUGCUCCUUCCUUCGCCCUGGAACCAGGCUGCCGUUUGAACAAGACGUCGAGCAGGGAAACGUGGCUCACUUGGGCGACUGCGACGGAUUACUUCAAGAGACGUUCAUCAAGGAGCCGGACGGCCUGGUGUCCGUCAACCUGCUGGUGGUGUCUGCCGUCUCGGCCUUCGCCACGGGCGCGCUCUUCUCCGGCCUGGCCGUCUGCUGGAUCAUGAGUCACCGACACCGGCACGGCCGCGGCGCCAAAGGGGCCCGUCGCAAGAACGACAAGGAGCAGAACAUACUCGGGCCCGCCCGCAGCGGCUCGGUGAUGAGCGUGACCAGGACGGGCGGAGGCGAUCGGCGCAACUCUCAGGUGGACAACCCGUUUGUCACAGCCAACGGAUGGCCCAAGGGGGACUUGGACCCCGGCCUGCUGCCCACACCUGAGCAGACGCCGCUGCAGCAGAAACGGGUCAUGCGACUGCCCGACACCGACUGGGACCAGAGCCAAACUUUCCUCACGGCCGUCGGGCCUCCUUGCCCCAACAACUCGGUCAUCUACCUGAGCUCCAAGUUCCUGCAGGGAGGCGGAGGCGGCGGAGGAAUGGUCCGGAUUGACGAGCCGGGCGAGGUUCUGUUGCCGCCGCACGCCGAGCGCCAGCGCUACCUGAUCCUCUCGGCCCAGCGGGGCGGGAACGGCGCCGGGCGUCCGGCGGGCGCCCUGAGGAGCUCGGCGGGGGACUACAUCUACCCGAGCACGCCGCAGGAGUCUCCGGACCGGCGGCGGGUGGUCUCGGCACCCACGCCUCACGCGGACUACGGGGAGCCUCGCUGGAGCCACGAGGCGCUCAACUACAACGGCAACAACGGCGUGCCGUACCACCCCCAGCGCCUCAUCAGGCCGGAGAUGCACGGGCUCCGAGGUGGACUCGGACAACUGGCCGACUACAGCCACCUUCUUGUAAAGAGCGAGAGAACCCCGAGUGUCCAGUGAGGUCACUGAAAUCUCUCUGAGCGACCCCCCCCCCCCCUACAACUGGAAGAAACCAAUCCGCCCCCCCUCCACCUUUUACUUUCCCUUUUUGUCCUCUCUCGCCGUCAUUCAACGUUCUGACGUCAUUCAGCCGACUGGAGGGAGAGAGACGAGACGCAAAAGGGACACUUGUACUCAAACAUGGCCGCUCCUCUUUGGGCGCACCCCUCUCGCUCUGCUAGUGGUACGACCCGCGGAGCGCAGGACACGGUUAUGGGCUGCUUAAGGAGGCGGAGCCUCAGGGCGAAAUGAUAGCGUGGGGACAAUGAUGGACGAUUUGGACUUAUCGAGGCACGAUUGCGAUGCCACCCCUUCACCACCGUGUAUAUUUUACUUUGUGCUUUUCUUGCCCCGCCCACACACGGAGGUCCGCGUGCGUUUGUAUGUGUGCGUGUAUUUGGGACUGAACCGAUUGGGCGUCAACUUUAUCCCUCCCCGAACACGGUUGAAGCCUGUUAAUCACAUUUGGACAUGAUUUGGGAGGAGUCAUCGUGCCAAAGUGUGGGUGCUCAACUUGCAGUGUUAUUUGGACAGGAAAUUAGCGUCGACUAAUCAACGGAGGCUUAUUUAUUUCAACACACCAUUAAUCGUUUACACCCCGCUGAAUGCUUAACAAUCAAUUCACGGGAUAAUCGUUUUUGAUUAUGCCCAUCCCGGGGAAGAAGUAAACAUUGCGCGUCCUUGUUACGAGCCAGCCGAGUGAACUUGUGGACCCUCGUCAUGGCCGUUUAAAAGCUUAACAUGCGUGAAGGAGAGCAAUAAUCAACAAGAGGAAAACCAGAGGAUGAUUUUUCCAAUCUGUUUUCUCAGUAAAGGGCUUUUUGGGAAAAUGAACAAAGCCCCUUUUCCAUCGCGUCCCCCCCCCUCCCUAUCGGGUCUCAUCUGACCUGACCUCAAGCUUGGCGAACGUGAGCUGCGGCCGUCCGGUGCCGUCUCACUCGGGCGGCUCGGGAGCUCCAUUCAGUUCGCUCGUUGCCAACACUGAGCCUCUUUGUGCGCUAACAAAUAGCCGCUAAGAGUCAGACAGCUCGCCUCACGGAAUAGCAAUGAGGAAGGGCGAACCCAUCCAUCCAUCUUGGGAGAUAAGACAGGGCCCGGCCCAGACCAGCCCAGUCAGUGGUGGCUUAAACAAUAUCACAAGCACUCAUCUACUUUUGCAAUCUAAUAUCGGUUCCAUAGAAUUGCUUCAACGGAUUCCAUUGCCUUUCUCUUGGCUACGUGGCUUCCAGUAUGUGUAAAUGGAUGUUACAUUUUGUCCGCUCAUAUUUCAGUUUGUGUCGCCAUGUCAAUCUCAUCCACCCAGAGACUUCAGAAUCAAUCAUAAGCUAUGAGGGUGCCUUGAGAUAUGAGCAAUUGGCUCACGUUUGUAUCUCAAAACACUUGUUUUAAAUCAUUAAAGCAUUAAAUAUAAUAUAAGUUAGUGCUACGCCCACAUUUCCGAAACCAAUGUGACUCGAUUGUGACGCGAUGUUGUGAAGUUUGCUGCCGCCAUCUAGUGGUGGGGGUUUGAAGCGCGGUUUUGUUAACCAAUCCAAUCUCAAAUUCAUCCUAAAAGGGCUUAAAUAGGCUCUGGUCCUUGGUGACAUCAGCAUUUUUUUCUGUCCUCUGAUUGGUUGGUCAUUUUAAGUAUUAUGGCACCAAGUGAUUGGCGUCAGGCAUGACUCAGCGCUCUGUCAGGACUUUCUGUCCCACUGCCAACCGUCAUCCCUUUUGGCGUCAUCACUCAGCGUGCGCUAAUAACAGAAGCUGCAUUCAGAAGACAGACGGCCACUCCGUUUGGGUCUGGAGGCUCUCACCGCACUCCCCGAUGUUUUGUUUUGCUUUUGUCUCGCUCGCAUCCUUUCUUGCCUCUCUGUAGACGGAGCGCUUCAUCUGAUGUCAAUUUCAAACAUCCCGUCAUGCUUAUAAAUGAACCCAUCAUGGAUGCAGUGAUGAACAAUUAGAAAUGUCCUGAUAAGAAUGUACUGUAAUGGCUUUUUUUUAGUCAACUCUUUUCAUUUCAAAGUUCUUCCUUCUAUUUAAACGCCAAAGACCAUUUUCCUCGAGCAGCGGGGUGUCUCGAGAGUGGCGCAGCAAAUAGCCGCCGGUGCUGUCUGAGAAGGAUGAAAGCAAGAAUGGAAGAAGACGAAGAUGAGGUCAUGCGGGGCGAGCGUGUUUAAGUCGCAGCAUUAGCGCUGGAAGCAGGUCAUUAGCGUCGCGGCGCUCUGUGUCUCGGCGCCGAGUGCGAACGAGGCGUGCUCGGUCAGCCGUGUCCGCUUAAACAUGCCUGAUUAGCUCCAGUACGCGGUGGCGGUGUGACGAGGCCGAGAAAAUCACUGCGGUCACGUCGGCCCUCUCGACAGCGACCUGCGUGAUCAUUCGAGAAGCUCAUCAGGGGCAUAAAACACACACACACAUGGAAAAGGGCCUCUCGCACGCAGACAUUCAAAUUAGAGUAUCAAAACUCACUCAAUAUUUUUUCAUAUUAUCUGUCGACGUGUUGCACCAGCAUUUGUGUCUGUUCCGUGUUAUAAACACCACAGUUAGCAUCGAGCUAAGCAGGAUUUACCAAGGCUGAGCCUAUGUAUGCUUGUUUGAAAUACACAAUGUAAUUCUUGCUUUGAGUUUGACAGUAAAUGUAAGUCGGGUCAUUUGUAUCUCAAGGCACCAGCGUACUUUUAUUUGCGAACUAAGAAAUUCAGGUGAAGCGUCAUCCUUACGAAAGCCGUCGUUCUUCAUGCUGCCACUUUUCAUCCUCACCCGCUUGCCACCUCCUGUAUUGUGUUGAAGCACUUUUGUUCACAUGAAAACCUUUUUUGUCCCCCAAAUCGACAGGACACGGUCAAAGGCUUGUUAUGUGCUAAAUUGCUUUACUUGUUCCGCGUUUGUGCACCCACAUAAAAAAAACACACAUUUAUGUCUUGACCCUGCUUGUUGCUAUCGAUCAGCUUGUGUGUUGUUCAUGUGGGGGGGGGGAAACUUUCAAAAACAGAUGAAAAUCAAGAAGUUGCUCCAAGAAGAACAAUUUGAUUUCUUUUUUCUGUAGUCCACACUUGUGUGAUGAAAAUCGAGUCCAAGUCGAUCCAUCGAUGAUAUUUUUUCAGCAUUGUGUGUGUGUGAAAGAGAAUCAGGGCUUAAGAGAAUGUGUACAUGGGAGCACAAUAAGAAUUGACAAACAAUCUGCUUUUUUAUUAUUUUAUUUUUUAAUGUAAACUUGAUGUUUUUAAUCAGCACUGAUCUUGUUUCCUUUUGGCCUGUUUGUUUUUCUAUGCUUUGUGAAAUAAUGUGUAAUUUAAUUCUGAUUCUUCUGUUGAAAUAUGCUUUGGUGGGACAAUGAAGGUGAAGACUAUCACGUUAGGGUUCAACGGGGGUCACAUAGACCUGAGGUUAAAAAAAACGGGGGAGCUUCCUGCGACCCGCCCCAGCCAGCUGUCAAUUACACGACAAGCAACCAUGUGUACAUAAUCUUGAUUCUUUUUGUGUAACUUAAGUGCAGUAGCUGCAUGUCCACACAGCCUCUGUUUGUGCGCGCGCCCGCGCGUGCGCGUGAAUUUGUACCGUACGUUCAAGUGCGUGCUCGUGUCCGCAAGUCACACGUGCAUGCGCGAUGUCGCGACUGCACAACACACAUUUGCACUACAUUCCAUUUACAUUCUACGUCAAAACAUUACACAACACUACAUUGCAGUAAAAAAAAAGAUUGCACAACACUGCAUUAAAUUACACGAAAACAAAGAAGCCACAUGACGUCACGUGACAAAACAUGACAUUGAAUUCUAUACAAUACGCUGCACUGCUCUACAUGACAUUUUCUAAAAUGGCAUCGUAACAUGACAUGACACGACAGCAACAAACAACAGGACAUACCUUUGUGCACUUCUCCGCACAUUGUCCCAUGCUCUCCCCUUGUCACUCCGCCUGGAGACUUGUCACUUUUCUUAUUCUAAAUAAACCACUCGGACAUGAA